UGUGAUGAGGGUCAGCUGUGUUGCAGGAAGUGAAGAAGUCAUGUCGUCUGUAGCGUUACUCUCUGAGUCUGUCCUCGGAUGGUCAAUUUUUACCAUCGUUUUACUGGUGAUCGUGGCCUUUUGCUGGUUUUAUAUCAGGAAGUAUCAGAGCCGUCAGGAGAGCGAGGUGAUCUCCACUAUCACAGCGAUAUGUGCUCUGGCCGUUGCCCUCAUCACAUCGGCUCUUCUGCCUGUGGAUAUCUUUCUAGUGUCCUUCAUGAAGUACCCUAAUGGCACAUACAAGGACUGGGCCGCAAACAAUGAAACCAGGCAGCAGAUUGAAGACACAGUUUUGUACGGCUACUACACUCUGUAUUCCAUCAUUCUGUUCUGUGUUUUCCUCUGGAUCCCCUUUGUUUAUUUCUACUACGAGGAAAAAGAUGAAGACAACAGCAACAAGUGCCUGCAAGUGAAAAAUGCACUGAAGUAUACCAUAGGAUUUGUGAUUGUGUGUGCAGGGCUGCUUUUGAUUGGGACGUUUGUGCCCUUGGCAUCUCCCCACAACCAGAACUCCACUCAGUGGAACAAGGUGCAGUAUCUGUUCGAGGAGCUGGGCAGCAGCCAUGGCCUGGCCGCCCUGUCGUUCUCCAUCAGCACGCUCACCUUGAUUGGCAUGCUGGCAGUGAUCACAUACACGGCAUACGGAAUGUCCGUCCUGCCACUAAACCUGAUGAGAGGCACACGCAGCAUCCUGUAUGAGCGCCUGGAGAACACAGAGGACACGGAAGAGGUGGAGAACCAAAUAGACAAGCUCAAAGCCAAGUCUGCAGAUGGGCGUCCUCUAUCUAUGAGAGACAGGAGGAACCUCCUGGAUCUUGAAGCCAAACUUCAAGUGCUCCAUCGCAAAGGCCGUCACCUAGAGAUUGCAGAGAGGAACUGCUGUAAUAAAGUGGGCACUGCCCUGCGCCCUGUGAAGAUUCUCUUCGGGGUCUGCUUUAUCAUGGUGGCCCUUUUGUUCAUUGUGACCUUGUUUAUUUCCAAUCUGGAUAAGGCUUUACAUUCAGCUGGCAUCAGCACUGGAUUUAUCAUCUUUGGGACCAACUUAACCAACCCUCUUAAUGAGCUACUGCUGGCACUGCAACCUGUUUUCCCUCUGGACUAUGUUCUGAUCACCACCAUCACUAUGUACAUUGUCUUCACCUCAAUGGCUGGGAUCCGUAACAUUGGUAUUUGGUUCUUCUGGAUACGGCUGUAUAAAAUCAGACCUAAGAAAACCCGACCGCAGGCCCUGCUCUUCCUCUGCAUGAUCCUCCUCCUCAUUGUCCUCCACACCAGCUACAUGAUCUACAGUCUUGCCCCGCAAUACGUCAUGUAUGGGAGCCAGAAAUACCUUUUGCAGACUCCACCGCCCACAACAGACCCAUCACAGAGCAAUCACUCUGCUGCCAUCACUAAGAUAUGUGACGCAGAUGCUCCUGAAGACCAGUGUACAGUAACAAGAUCAUACCUGUUCCUACACAAGUUUUGGUUCUUCAGCACCAUCUACUAUUUCGGCAACUGGGCUUUCCUUGUGGUCUUUCUCAUUGGUUUGAUUGUUUCAUGUUGUAAAGGGAAGAAAUCUAUGAUUGAAGGUGAAGUUGAUGCUGAUGAUUCUGACCUCAGUGAUGAUGAAUAUGUGCACUAACCCUCAUUCACUGCUGUAUGUAAACAUUCAACUGUUAUAGUUCAGGUUUAAAAUCCCAUUUUACUAGGUUUGGUUACUAGUUAAAGGAUACGUUUCCCCAAACAUGAACAUUCUAUCGACACAUGCCUUCAUGUUGUUCCAAACCCCUUAUAACUUUCUUUCUUCUAUGAAACACAAAAUGGGCUCACCAUUCUCACCAUUCUGUGAUUACCUUAGUCAUAAUUUACUUUCAUAGUAUAGAAAAAGAUGAGGUGAACAUUCUAACAUCUCUUUUUGUGUUCCAUGGAAGAAAGAAAGUCAUACUGAUUUGGAACAACAUGAGGAUGUCUAAUGAUGACAGAAUUUUCAUCUGUGGGUUAACAGUUGUUACAUAUCAUUACAUUUCGUAUUGCAUUUAUCUUUUUGAGUUUGAGAAAUACAUAUUUACCUUCUAUUAGACUAAAUUUAAUGUGUAAUAAUGCCAAAUAAAUUUAGCAUUGUCAUGUUAAACUGAUAGUAGUAGUCUGAUAUGCUUACUGUACCUGGCCCUACUACUGACUCUUACUAUUAAGGGUGUGUAUGCAUGCCAUUUUGCAUUGCUGUCUUAUCUAAUUUAACAAAACAAGUGUUUUUUUUCUCUCUAAACACCUUUAGAAAAAGACCAGGUUAUGUUUGAGAUAAAUUGCAGAGGUACGAUUUUGUUGAUACAAAAAAGGGUUGAUGAUUAUUUAUUUAAGAUAUUUUUAUGCUCCUUAUAUCUGUAAUUUUGCAUCUAGGCAUAAUGCUCUAGUCUGUUUGAUGUAUUCUUUAAUAUUACUUUAAUCUCUGGGGUUGAAUUAUUAUCGCACUACAAAAUGGAUCACCUGUUGAUUAUAUCACAACGAUUUUUAGUACGGUUUAGUAUGAUUUUUAAUACGUAGUAUUGAACUUGUAUUGAACUAAAACACAAUAUAUGUCAAAGUUAAUUUUCACAUGCAUUAUUGGCCUGUUUUGGGGUUAUCUGAAAUUUACAUAAUCUUCUUUUUCAAGAGGCUUCUGUAUUAAUUCAGUAUUGAACAUUAAUAAAGAAUCAAAACAAUA